UGUAAUAAUGUUGGCUUAUCAGGUAUUCGUUUAUAAAUUCUCACAUAGGCGAUGAGUUCCUUUGUCUGUCUCAAUCUUUAUUUUUAUUCGUAAUUAAAUCUUUGCAAUGUUCGCUAUCUAUAUGUGGCUAUUUUUAGUAAUUAUACUGCUCAUUGCUUUGAAUCAGUUAAUGAAAAAUGAAAGUUUUGAUAAAAUUCCUGGACCUCGUGGGAUUUUCUUAUUUCAAAAUACCUUAGAUUUUCUUACGGAUUCAGCUGUAACAUUCCGAUAUUUUUCGACGUUAUGUAAUAAAUAUAAAAAAAUAUUUCGAGUGAAAUUGGGAUUUAGGAAAAUUGUUAUUGUUUACAAUCCUGAAGACGUUGAGAUUCUAAUAUCUGGGACCAAGUAUAAUAAAAAAGGAUAUUUGUACGGUUUCAUUCAGCCAUGGCUUCAAGAUGGCUUGCUUUUGAGCGAUGGAGAAAAGUGGCAUGAGCGGCGGAAAAUUUUAACACCAGCUUUCCAUUUUAACAUUCUGCGCAGCUUCAACACAAUUCUGGUUGAAAACUCCGCGAAACUUGUGCAUCGAAUCAAACUCGAAACAGAGAAGCCCCAAACUGAUAUUAUGGAUAUAGUAACUGAUUUUACAAUUAAAUCUAUAUGUGAAACUGCAAUGGGAACCAAGUUAGAUGAAGAAACAUCAGAGUUCGGCAAAACUUACAAAAAUGCAAUACACGAAUUGGGAUCAAUUGUUUGCCAUCGAGCCCAAAGGGUUUGGUUGUAUUCUAAUUUCGUAUUUCGAUUCUCACAUUUUGGAAAAAGUCAAGAAAGAAUUCUAGACAUGACUAGUUCAUUUAGAAACAAGGUUAUUGAAAAACGUAGAGAAGAUUUCGUUGAUAUGAAAAAAAAAAUUGAUGAAUAUGAUGAAGACCAAAAUGUUUAUGGGAAAAAGAGAUUAGCUAUGUUAGAUAUAUUAUUACAAGCUGAGAAAAAUGGCACUAUUAAUACUAAUGGUAUAAAUGAAGAAGUGGACACUUUUAUGUUUGAGGGCCACGACACCACAGCUACAGCACUUCAAUAUACUUUUAUGAUUUUGGCAAACCAUCAAGAUAUUCAGAACAAAAUUGUAGAAGAAACGAAUCAAAUUCUCAGCUACGACCAAUUUCCGACCAUAAAUGAUUUAGCACAAAUGAAAUAUUUGGAAUGUUGCAUUAAAGAGAGUUUAAGAAUGUUUCCACCAGUUUUUUUCAUUUCUAGGAGAAUUGAGAAACCACUUAAGUUAGCUACUUUUGAAUGCCCAGCUGGUACAGAUGUGAACAUAAUGAUUCGAGAACUACACCUAAACUGUCAACAGUUUAGAGAACCUUUUGAAUUUAUACCAGAAAGAUUUAUGAAGAAACCAACAUGGCACCAGUACGCUUACAUCCCAUUUAGUGCUGGACCAAGGAAUUGUAUUGGUCAAAAAUUUGCUAUGAUGGAGAUGAAAAUUGCUUUAUCUACGGUGCUACGACGUUAUAGAGUCCUACCGAUUACGAAACCAGACGACAUAAUCUAUCUUGCCGAUUUUAUACUCCGCCCUAAGGAGCCUAUUUUAGUCAAAUUUGAAACACGAACCAAAAUGUUUUUAUCUGUGUAUUUCAUUCUUGGAAUAUUAUGUGUUUUGCAUAUAUUAUUUAAUUACAAUAAAACAGCAAAGAUGAUGAGAAAAAUUCCAGGAUUUCGAUUUAAUUUUAUAGUUGGGAACGCAUUAGAAAUAUUAGUGUCGCCAGAGGAAUUAUUCGCUAAGGCGAGAGUUUGGGCAUCACAAUUUCAGGGCAUAUAUGGAUUUUAUGUUUAUCCAAACAGUUGUAUUAAUAUAUACAAUGCAGAAGAUGCAAAAAUCGUACUUUCUUCUUUCAAAUAUCAUCAGAAAAGUAUGAUUUACACGUUAUUGAGACCUUGGCUACAAAAUGGACUUCUCGUUAGCAAAGGAGCACAGUGGCAAGAACGCAGAAAAAUUCUUACACCAACAUUCCAUUUUAAUAUCUUAAAAAGAUACUACCCUGCUAUGGUGGACAGUACGGCACGUCUUUUGGAAGUAUUAGAUAAAACAAAUGAAAAAUCAACGGAUAUACCACCUGUCAUAUCGGAAUUUACUUUGACAACCAUUUGCGAAACUGCGAUGGGAACAAAGCUAAACGAGGACGCUGGCGGAAAAAUGUACAAAGACGCUAUCCACGAUAUAAAAAAUGUACUGUUUCAAAGAUUCGUUUACAUACCACUUGCUAUAGAUUUCAUAUUUCGUUUAACGCCUUUAUACAAACGCCAUACAAAAUCUCUAUCCACCAUUCAUAACUUUACUCAGAACGUAAUAAAAAAUAGAAAGGAAAAGCUUAAAGAUAUUUCAGAAACGAAUGUUGUAAAUGACGAAACUGAUAAAGAUUUACACUAUGGGAAAAUCCGGACAGCAUUUUUAGACUUCUUAAUAUCAGCACAAAAGGAUGGGUUAACAGAUGAUGUUGGUAUUCAAGAAGAAGUAGACACUUUUAUGUUCGAAGGUCACGAUACCGUAUCAUCUGCCAUAACGUUUUGCCUACUGUUGUUAGCAGAGAAUAAAGCUAUACAGAACAGAGUAGUAGAUGAACUGCAAACAAUAUUUAUUGGAGACACAAGAACCGCUACAUUGGAAGAUAUAUCGUCAAUGCAUUAUCUCGAAUGCUGCAUCAAAGAAAGCAUGAGGUUGUAUCCACCAGUGCCAUUUAUCAGUCGAAAACUACCAGAAGCCGUCACUUUAAGUAACUACGUCGUGCCCAAAGGAUCGAUGUGCCACAUACAUAUCUUUGACCUCCAUCGGCAAGAAAGUUUAUUCGAGAAUUCCUUAAAAUUUGAUCCAGACCGCUUCCUGCCGGAAAACAGUGUGGGUAGGCACCCCUACGCCUAUAUCGCGUUUAGUGCUGGCCCAAGAAAUUGUAUUGGCCAAAAAUUUGCCAUGAUGGAAAUGAAGUUAGUUUUAUCAUCCAUACUUAGAAGAUUUGAACUUAAUCCCGUCACGAAAUGUGAAGAUUUGAAGUUUACAGCUGAUAUAAUCUUGAAGAAUUCAGAACCGAUAAAGAUGAAGUUCAUCCGAAGGCUUGGCAUGAAAAUAGGAUCUAAAUUUGAUGAUGUAUCGCGUUCAACGAACGGUGUUCUCGAUGUAAAAAAAAUGAUUACAAUUAUAGUAUUCACAUUAGUGUUGAUAUUAUGUUUAGUGGAAGUGUUCGUUAAUUUGAAUGAAAACGCUAGAACUAUAAAGAAAAUUCCAGGCUUCAAAGAUGUCUUUUUCUUUGGAAAUUCCACUGCUGCUUUUGGAAUGGAUUCAGUCGGCUUGUUCAAGUUAGCCAGGGAUUGUGCUAAAAAAUUCAAUGGAAUUUUUAGAUUUUACAGUUUAUCCAUAGCAGCAGUUCAUGUUUAUAAUCCCAGUGACGCCGAGAUUAUCAUGUCAACUAUGAAGCAUCGUGAGAAAAGUAUUAUUUAUAAAUUUUUUAAACUGUGGCUUCAUGACGGUUUAUUAGUAAGCAAAGGAUCAAAAUGGCAAGAACGAAGAAAAAUUCUUACAUCAGCAUUUCAUUUCAACAUUUUACGCAAAUAUUUUCUCAUAAUUGAAGAAAACAGCCAGAAGCUGGUGAAUGUAAUGGAAGAAAACAGUGGGGAAUCCAUCAAUAUCGUUCCAAUAUUGAGCGAAUACACCCUUAAUUCUAUAAGUGAAAGUGCAAUGGGGGUAGAGCUUGACAAAGAUCCCAUGUAUUCAGGUCUUACUUAUAAGACCGCAGUAUACGAAACUAUUAAAAUUUUUGUUCAUCGUUUCAUUCGAAUUUACCUCUAUCCAGACUUUUUGUUUAACCUGAGUCCUGCUGGCAUCAAACAGGCGCGAUAUUUAUCGAUAAUUCAUACGUUUAUCAAAAAUGUUAUUAAUAAAAGGAAACAAAAUUUUCAAAAUAAUGAAAUAGAAAGCGACACCUUAGCUGACAAUGAUAAUUACGUUUAUAAGAAGAAAAGACGUGCAGCAAUGUUAGAUUUGCUGAUCUCGGCUGAAAAGGAAGGACUUAUUAACGAUGAUGGGAUUUUAGAAGAAGUUAACACUUUCAUGUUUGAGGGCCAUGAUACAACAGCGGCCGGUUUGACAUUUUGUUUAUUGACAUUAGCUGAGAAUCAAGAUGUUCAGGAAAAAGUUUAUCAAGAAUUGCAAAGUAUAUUUAACGGAAGGGAAGAUGUUACUUUAGAAGAUUUAACAAUGAUGAAUUAUUUGGAGCGAUGCAUAAAAGAAAGUAUGCGAUUGUACCCGCCUGUUCCGUUUAUUAGUCGCACUUUGAGUGAAACAGUUAAAUUGAGUAACUACACAGUACCUGUGGGAACUAUGUGUCACAUUCAGAUAUACGACAUGCAUCGCCAGGAAAGCUUAUUUAAGAACGCUGAAAAAUACGAUCCUGACCGUUUUCUGCCUGAAAAUAGUGUUGGACGACAUCCUUACUCGUAUAUCCCCUUCAGUGCAGGACCGAGAAAUUGUAUAGGUCAAAAGUUCGCAAUGAUGGAAAUGAAGUCAGCACUAUCAGCCUUACUGAAAAAUUACAAGCUGUUACCAGUUACAACGUCGAAAGAUCUUGAGUUUAUAGCUGAUUUAGUUUUACGAAAUUCAAAACCUAUAUACCUUAAAUUUAUUAAACGACAUUGAUGAUUAAACAUAUUGCUAUAGAUUAUUUAUAUUAGAUUGUUUAAACCUUAGUUUUUUAGUAUUUAAAUAAAAUAUCGGAUUAUUAA